AUGUUGUCUCGCGUGUGUGCCCGUACAUACAGCACUGGAGCUGGUGCUGUCAAAGUAAGUGCCAGAGAGUCUGCUGGAAACUUAUCCGCCUUGACUGUGGUCGUAGACAAUGCUGGUUCGAAAGCGGGUAAAUCAGGUGUGGCCCACUUGUUGUCCCGGUUCAACUUUUUGAACACUGAGCCCAAAUCUGCUUUGAGAUUCACCAGAGAGAGCGAGCUCUUGGGAGGCAUUGUGUCGUCCAACGUUACCAGAGAUGCCAUUGUGUUGAAAACUCAAUUCUUGAAACAAGACUUGCCAUAUUACGUGGAAGCCUUGGGCAAUGUUUUGGCUAAAACUUCGUUUAGACCCCACGAGUUGCCAGAACAGGUGUUGCCAGUUGCAUUGGCCGAAACCGAGGCCGCCUACGCAAGCAAUGAAUUUACUGCUGUUGAAGAAUUGCACCAAUUAUCAUUCAGAACCGGAUUGGGUCAACCUCUCUACUAUGACGGAGUCAGUAAAGUCACCCUCGAUGACAUCAAGGAAUUCGCCUCCAAAGCCUACACUGCCAGCAACGUUACUGUGUAUGGAUCUGGUGUCAAUGCCGACGAUUUGAACAAAUUUAUUUCUGAGUCUGCAUUCUCUGAACUUUCUUCAGGAACCUCAUCCACCCCAGCCACCAAGAGUUUCAACAACAAGGAGUCUCGCAUCAGAGCUACUGGCGAGUCGGUGGCCGUCAUUGGUGUUCCAGUGAAGCCUGCUGACUUUGGCAAGUAUGAGCUUUUGUCUGCUGCUGUAGGUUCGUCAGUAUUGGCUGGAGCUCCAUCUCCAUUGUCCAAGAUUGCCGGUGCUACAUCGAAGUUGUACAAGUAUAAGGACGCUGGAUUGUUCGUGGUAUCUGUCAAGGGAGCCGAUGCCAAAGCUGUUGCUUCUGGUAUUAAGGAAGCCAAGAAUGUUGUCAGCUCGGUUUCCGAUGUUAAGGAGGCCACCAAACUUGCCGAGUUGGCAGUGGCCUUGCAAACCUCGUUCGACAACCCAUUAGACAUCAAGAUCAGUGGUUCUGCAUCCCCCGCCAAACUCACCAACUUUAACUACGUUGCUGUUGGUGACGUUGAUGUGUUGCCUUACAUUGACGAAUUAUAA